AUGCCUGCCCUGGAGAUAGUGGGCAUGGGCCACCUGGAGUACCUCUAUGAGAAGGCCUUGUUGCUCAUCUUCUUGGGAUUCCUGCCCUGGGGGGACACCAUGCUGUUGUGUGCUAUGUUGGAUGCCCACCCCAAGAUGCAGUGCUGCAAGGAGACCCACAUCAUCUCCCAUGUGCUGGCCAUGUCGCAGGCCUGGUCCAAGUCCAGCCAGGAGAAGCUGCAGUUGGACGAGGUGGGCGUGACUGAUGAGGUGCUGGAUGUGGCCAUGCAGGCCUUCAACCUGGAGGUGAUCGCCAAGCAUGGCAAGCCAGUCGGCAUCCUCUGCAACAAAGAUCCCUCCACACUCAAGUUUUCCGUCUACCUGUUGCACCUCCUCCCUGCUGGUGGUGCAGGACAGUUGGGCCUCCACGUACUCCAGGGUCACCUGCAACGUCACUAUUGCCAGCUUCAACCUCAGCAGCUAGCACGACUACCUCACCAAGUGCAGCCAGGCCAUGGAGAUGAUCUCAUUCUUGACCUCCUUGCCACCACCUGGAGCAGUACUGUCCUGUGCAACAAGGACCUCAUCAGCAAGCCCAGCGGCAUUUCCCUAUCCAAGAUCGAGUGA